AUGGAGGAAAUUCUCAACAUUCCAGUUCCAGUGACAUUUGAUGAAUCCAUAGCAAAUUAUGAGAUUCAUAGUCAUCAACCAUAUGCAACGUCAUCUUUUAACAAUAGUGAUGAAAUUCGAAUUGUAGUUCAAAAUCAAGAUUUAACUAUUUUACCGACUUAUUUAUUUGAUGAAAUUCGUUAUGAAUUAAAUGGAAUUGAGAUUGAUCGAUGCAAAUAUGUUGGUCAUACUUCAACCAUGAAAAAUUUGGUUUCAUUAUCACCUUCUCAACUUAUCCGUGCUGGAAAUGCAGAUGUUUUUGAAUAUUCUGCUUUGGAUUUAAAAAUGACUUUAGAAAAUGGUUAUUUUAACGUGACAAUACCACUAAGUAUGCUUUUCGGUUUUGCUGAAGAUUAUAAGAAUAUUGUUACGAAUGCUAAACAUGAACUCAUUUUGAUAAGAUCGCGAAGUGAUUUAAAUGCUGUUAUUCAAACAGGAAAUCUUGACAAUAAUGAAAAAUUUAAAAUUACAAUUAAUAAAAUUGAAUGGUUAGUACCAUAUAUUUUACCAUCUGAUAGCAAUAAAAUAAAAUUAUUAAAAUUUAUUGAAAAGGAUCCAUUAAUUUCUAUGAGUUUUCGAUCGUGGGAAAUGUAUGAGUAUCCUUUACUUCCAGCUAGUACAAGAGUUAUGUGGCAACUUAAAUCUUCAUCUCAAUUAGAGAAACCACGUUAUGUAAUUGUUGGAUUUCAAACUGGAAGAAAGAAUCAACUCAAAGAAACAUCCUGUUACUUUGAUCAUUGUAAUAUUACAAAUAUGGUUGGAGAUGUAUGUUACGAUGAAGUGCGAACCAUUUUACAAGAUGCAUUACGAGGAGCAAAAACUAUUUAUGUUAAAGGUUGUGAAAAAAACAGUGGUUAG